GGAUAGCUUGAAGCCUACCUCCAGCACCAGUUACACCUUGCCGUCUCUCCACGAGUCGCUUGAUUGAUUGAUUUGUGUGAACAUUCACAACACCCAGCGGGUAUCGUAUCGUGCCUGUGUUGAUCGUUGAUCUGGACCAUCCAUAGAGAAGGACACCAUGUCUAGCCGUGCCCAGUUAUCCUCCAACCCAGCCGCGUUGGCAGCAGCCGCCGCCACCCACAACCCCAGCACCAGCAACACCAGCAACUCCAACAGCUCGGUGGUCGGAUUGCACUACAAGAUCGGCAAGAAGAUCGGGGAGGGCUCCUUCGGUGUCAUCUUCGAAGGUACCAACAUAAUAAACGGGGUUCCUGUGGCCAUCAAGUUCGAGCCCAGAAAAACCGAGGCGCCCCAGUUGAGAGACGAGUACAGAACAUAUAAGCAUUUGCAGGGGUCUGGCGGCAUUCCAAACGCCUACUACUUCGGCCAGGAGGGCUUGCACAACAUCUUGGUCAUCGACUUGUUGGGACCCUCGCUCGAGGACUUGUUUGAUUGGUGUGGCAGAAGAUUCUCGGUCAAGACCGUGGUGCAAAUUGCCAACCAGAUGUUGGACUUGGUCGAAGAGGUCCAUCGUCAUGACUUGAUUUAUAGAGAUAUCAAGCCUGAUAACUUUUUGAUUGGUCGUCAGGGCUUGACCGACGAGAACAACGUCCACUUGAUUGACUUCGGUAUGGCCAAGCAGUACCGUGAUCCAAGAACCAAACAGCAUAUUCCUUACAGAGAAAAGAAGUCUUUGAGUGGUACUGCUCGUUACAUGUCCAUCAACACCCACUUGGGUAGAGAACAGCUGAGAAGAGACGACUUGGAAGCCUUGGGUCAUGUGUUCUUCUACUUUUUGAGAGGCCAGUUACCUUGGCAAGGUCUUAAGGCGCCAACCAAUAAGCAAAAGUACGAAAAGAUUGGUGACAAGAAGAGAACCACUCCUGCAGUUACUUUGUGUGAAGGCUUACCAAGACAAUUUGCGGAAUAUUUGGAUUCGGUUAGAAGUUUGCCAUUUGAUGCCGAGCCUGCGUACGAAGAGUACAGAAUGUUACUCUUGUCAGUGUUGGACGACUUGGGCCAAACUGCCGACGGUGACUAUGAUUGGCUUCAUCUCAACGGGGGUAAAGGUUGGGAUGCUUCUAUCAACAAGAAACCAAACUUGCAUGGAUACGGUCAUCCAAACCCACCUAACGAAAGAGAAAGACGUCAUCGUGACCAAAGAAGAAGCAGACAACAUCAACAGCAAAAUGGUCAAAGUCAGCAACAGCAACAACUCAGCGCUGCUCAAUUGCAUCAACAAAAGUUGCAACACUUGGUUAACAGACCAUUACCUCCAAUUAAGCAAGAAUCACAAAGUGGCGUUCCACACUCUGGCUCCAAAAACAACAUCAACUCAAGUACUGGUGAUUUGUUAACGAACCAACCCAUCAAGACUCAACCUCAGAACACCCAGAAGUUUGAGAAUGUUCCUUCAAACAGACAAAAUCAAUACGAGCAACAGAAGAUCCUUGAUGACCAUGAAGAACACAAGGGUUUCUGGUCGAAAUUAUGCUGUCAAUAGUCUGUUUGUAAGUGGUAUUUUUAUUCAACUCAUCAAAAGAUACCGUCCAAUAGAAAUAAGAAUAAUCAUGCUAACCAAUUCAUUGAUGUAUUGAUUUAAACCCCAAAUCCCUUACACUGUGACUCAUAUUUUUAUUCAGUUUUUAUGAUUCUUUUUCCAAAAUUCAAUUCUUAUACUAGAUCAGCAUUUUCAUUCUGUUUAUCAUCCGGAUAAGCACGCCGCUCAAUCGGUUUAUCUUUCUUUGAUCUAA